CGGACAUGACGCUGAGCAAGUUCCUGUCGAUGUCUGUGCCCUACAACUGCUACGAGAUCGGCCACACAUGGACGCCUCACUGCAGUGAAGCCUGGCUCGACCUGUGGUUCAUCACGUUUGUGAGAUCGCUCCGGUUGUACGGGCUCCUCUACCUCGUGGGGCAGAUCGUGUCGCGUCGCUAUGACGUCCGCGCUUUUGUCCAGACUUUCAAGAGCGCCGUCAACUCUUCCAUGUUCAUCAGUCAGAACUUCUUCUUCUACUUGGUCUUCGGCUGCAUCAGCAGCAAACUCUUGGGCCGACUGUGCAUUCUGCCGGCCACUUUUUUGUCUGGAUUCUUUUCCGCGGCGUGCGCCAUUAUCAUCGAACGUCCACGAAGAAGAGCGAUGCUGGCUGGGUACAUGCUUAACUUGACAACGGACAUUUUAUAUCGCAUGCUUCGGAGCAGAGGUCUCGUGAGGGAUAUACAGCACGGCGAGGUGGCCUUGUUUGCGCUCAGCUUAGGAGCAUACAUCUAUUAUGCCAGGAAACACGGCUACUUCGAAGACCCUGUUACGUUCGUGAUCAGGCACCUCUUUGGAGCGGAAGAACUACACGGCACUGAGAGCAAGAAAACCAAACACGCUAGUCUCCUGGUAAACGGUGGUUGCCAGGCCAACGGAAUUGAGGACGGCAAGGAUCCCCGUUGUAACGCAACCAGCCCCGUCAACGGAACUGCUCGUGUGAACGGAAGCGGAAUCGUCGACGGCUUCGAUACAAGAAGUUCUAAAGAGACCAGUCAUGCCAAAAGGAUCGUUCACGUCGAUGGGAACAGAGACGUCAACGCUAACGAAAAAUGCUUUACUAAUGAACAGCUUCCAACAUUGUCUUCACAACGCUGUCUUGCGGUCAGGGUCCUCACUUCUCGCCAUCUCAGUUGUCAACAUCCGUUCGGCUGCCUGGCUCAGUUUUGUCGGAACAUGGCCAAGUUCGCCUCGCUGGGUUGGGCGGUAGGCUUUGGCAUCAGCCUGCUCGGUGACCUGAAACGGUUACCGGGUCGACGGCGUCCUUUCCUGGCGCACGUCUUGGGCCCGUCCUCGUUGCGCAGCGCGUGCUUCUUGGGCGGCCUCACCGGCAUCUACAAGCUGCUGAGCUGCUCACUCCGCUGGGCAAGCAAUGGCCAGCGGGACUGGCAUGGCUUAGUGGCUGGCAGUGCAGCUGGUUUGGCGGCCGUUGCAGCACCAAACUCCAACGCCUCCCUCUACCUCCUCUGGAAGCUCAUCGAGUUGGCGUAUUUGAAGAGCGCGGACGAAAACUUGGUUCCGAAGUUCAGCAACGCUCCGGUGUUUCUUUACUCGCUCUGCACGGGGAUUAUGCUUUAUGCCGCCAUCUUGGAGCCUCACAACCUGAGGCCUCAAUACCUCAAGUUCCUAGACGACAUUUGCGGAAACUUGUUAUCCAAAAUGAAUCGCGCUCCAUUGGACAUCUUGGGCUUUCAAUCAUCGUCGGCUUUUCCGGAUUUUUGCCCCGUAAAUCUGGACCCGAAGCACGUCAGCAAGGGAUACCUCCAGAACGUGCUCAUCUGGUCAUAACCACGCCUGUCUUAGAUAACCACAAGCACAUCGCUGACAUAGCAUGGAAGCUUGGGAUACGCGGGCAUGCUUACACGAAACUUGUACCUCGUGGAAGCGGACGUCAUAUUUUAACGGUCACCACAAUUUUAUCCCGAGAGCGUAGACAAUUAAAAUUAUUCC